GGUCGCAGUUGCACAGAUGCAGGUGCGCAGAGCUUCGCUGCGAUCGAUAUUUGUGGAGCGCUGCUCUGGGGAAGCGAAAAGCUCGAGAGGCCGAGCAAUCGAUUUCGGUGCAGCACGAGCGCAGGUUCCCAUCUCCUUACUUGCGGUGGCCUGAGGCGAACCCUGACAUCGGGCGACUGGCCCAUUGGACUCGCAAGUCAGGGCAAUGUCGAAAUCUCAACUUGCGUUCAGAUUGCUGAGGUCCGGUUUGGGCCGGCGUUCUCCUCGAGUGGCGGUGGCCUCGGACAGGCUCUCCGGGCAUCAAUUGGUGAAUGCGGUCCGCAGAGUGUCGACUCACGGGUUGCCGAUCGAUAGCGAGCACACCGCGAAAUGGAUGACCAACUUCGAGAAGAAGUCGCCAAUGGAGCUGAUUGCGGAAAUUCCGCCUGUGGAGGUUCAUGCUCGAGUUGUGGCUUGCGAGGGAGGAAGGGAUCCGGCUCUGGGGCAUCCCAUUGAGUAUAUCAGCUUGGAUCUUGAGGCACCGGCAAUUUGCAAGUAUUGCGGUCUGAGGUACGUGCAGGCUCACGGUCACCACGGUGGUCAUUAGACGGCGGUGUGACUUUUUGGUUCCUUUGUGUUGGAUUUUAGGUGCAAUCAGGUUCCUGAAAGGGGAACCGCCCCGACUUUCAUCAUCGAAUCGUUGUUAAAUACAUAGGGAUUCGACUGCCUCAUCUUCGCCUUCAGAGGAUUUAUGGAAGCUCGCAUACAGAACUUGAACCGCACCCUGUUGGAGAAGAAGGCAACAGAGAACUUUUCAGAGAUCUUGCAAGAAUUGCUCAUUUUUGAGGCUCAAAAAUGCUCUGAUUGAUAAUUUGUUCAAGCAUCUAUCGAGAACGUACUCCUGCAGUAUGCACACCUCAUUUCCUUAUAGCUUCAACAGACAUUCGUGCUAUUCGUGUUAACUCUUGGAUUCCGGUGUUAUUCCACUCAUAAACUUUCAGCAACGAAGUUGCAGAUUACCUGAGAUAUGUUACCAGGGGUGCUCCG